AUGUCCUUGGGCUCUUUUGAUGACUUGGUGAAGAAUAUCCGCCGCGGGGAUGACCCCCCAAUUAAACACAUCGCACUCGCUAUGAGGUUCUACUAUACCGGCAACGACCUGGAAGAGACAGCCCUUGACUCUUAUCUGAAAGAUGCCCUCACCCCUUCAGCGUACGGCAUCGCAGUCCCGCUGGGAUUGUCUGAAGCAAGACGGACGAGAAGCAGGGGCAUCAGAGACAAGCGCCGGCACCGCGAGACAGGUCGUAAAGAUCCCACACCCUGUUAUUCUAGGCGGAACGACUCUUCCUGCUCGCCCGUAUGGAGCUCCGUUCUCUCCAAUGCUGCUCAAUCCUCCUAA